CUCCCUCCCCCUUAUACCCACACCCUGGAUGCAGACAGGCGUGCUCACACCGGCAGAUUAACUCAGCGUCUGCGUGGCUCUGUCUCCUCCAUCUUUGUCUCCUCGCCCCUGCCUGCUCUCUCUCCUCUGGUGGACGUUCGGCCACUGCGUGUGGAACCCUGCUAAAAUGUCUGACAAGCCCGACCUGACUGAAAUCUCCCGCUUUGACAAGACAAAGCUGAAGAAGACAGAGACGAAAGAGAAAAACCCUCUGCCAACCAAAGAGACCAUCGAGCAGGAGAGGAAAGGCGACGCCACACCUUGACUUCAGAGCACAUGAAGAAACCCAGCUGAGAUGCCACAGCAAAAAGCACUUUGUUUUGAUUACCACAGUAUUUCUGUGUCUUCUUUGUCCUCAGAACAGGGGGCUGUUGAGCCCCCAGGGGGUGCUGUGAGGGUACAUGGCAUCAGGGGAAGAGGGUGUGGGUGGGUGGGUUCUUUUGCCACAUGGGGUAAAAAUAAAAACUGAAGUUUGGAUGCCUGCCUUCCAGUGCCAAACCAGGAAGAGGAGAAGUGAUGCAGCAGAGUGGGAGGAAGAGAGAGGCA